GGCCGCCGCUGGGGACGGAGGGCGCGGCGAGCGGACGCGACGGCCUGGCCAGGCGGGGCCCGAGCGGAGCAAGCCGGAGAGGGCCGCGCGCCUGGGGGGGCUCGCCCCGCGCCUGCUUCCUCCCCGCCCCGCGCGGGGCGCACGCGCGCUCUUCCCACCGCCCCUCCCUCCCUCCCUCGGCGCGGGGACCCCUGGCGGGCGGCGCGAGGACAUGGCCAGCGACGCCUUGCAGAGCGAGCCCCGCAGCUGGUCCCUGCUGGAGCAGCUGGGCCUGGCAGGUGCGGACCUGGCGGCGCCUGGGGUGCAGCAGCAGCUGGAGCUGGAGCGGGAGCGGCUGCGCCGGGAGAUCCGCAAGGAGCUGAAGCUGAAGGAGGGCGCCGAGAACCUGCGGCGGGCCACCACAGACCUGGGCCGCAGCCUGGGCCCCGUGGAGCUCCUGCUGCGGGGCUCCUCACGCCGGCUCGACCUGCUGCACCAGCAGCUGCAGGAGCUGCACGCCCACGUGGUACUGCCUGACCCGGUGGCCACUGCCCAGGAUGACCCCCACUCUCCCAGUGCGGGUGGCCCAGCCUGCUCGGCCACCAACCUGACCCGAGUGGCUGGCCUGGAGAAGCAGCUAGCCAUUGAGCUGAAGGUGAAGCAAGGGGCAGAAAACAUGAUCCAGACAUACAGCAACGGCAGCACCAAGGACCGGAAGCUGCUACUGACGGCCCAGCAGAUGCUGCAGGACAGUAAGACCAAGAUCGACAUCAUCCGCAUGCAGCUCCGCCGGGCGCUGCAGGCAGGCCAGCUGGAGAGCCAGACAGCCCCGGAUGAGGCCCAAGGGAGUCCGGACCUGGGGGCCGUGGAGCUGCGCAUUGAGGAGCUGCGGCACCACUUUCGAGUCGAGCACGCGGUGGCUGAGGGCGCCAAGAAUGUGCUGCGCUUGCUCAGCGCCGCUAAGGCGCCCGACCGCAAGGCAGUCAGCGAGGCCCAGGAGAAGCUAACCGAGUCCAACCAGAAGCUGGGGUUGCUCCGGGAGGCGCUGGAGCGGCGGCUUGGGGAGCUGCCUGCCGACCAUCCGAAGGGGCGGCUGCUCCGCGAGGAGCUUGCUGCAGCCUCGUCCGCAGCCUUCAGUGCCCGCCUGGCCGGUCCCUUCCCCGCCACACACUACAGCACUCUGUGCAAGCCCGCGCCGCUCACAGGGACCCUGGAGGUACGUGUGGUGGGCUGCAAGGACCUUCCAGAGACCAUGCCCUGGAACCCCUCACCCUCGGUGGGGGGGCCUGUGACCCCCGACAGCCGAACUCCCUUCUUGAGCCGCCCAGCACGGGGCCUUUACAGUCGAAGUGGAAGCCUCAGUGGCCGCAGCAGCCUCAAAGUAGAGACUGAGAACACCAGCGAGGUUAGCACUGUGCUCAAGCUGGAUAACACAGUGGUGGGGCAGACAUCCUGGAAGCCAUGUGGCCUCAACUCCUGGGACCAGAGCUUUACCCUGGAGCUGGAGAGGGCACGGGAACUGGAGUUGGCUGUGUUCUGGCGGGACCAGCGGGGCCUGUGUGCCCUCAAAUUCCUAAAGUUGGAAGAUUUCUUGGACAAUGAGAGGCAUGAGGUGCAGUUGGACAUGGAACCCCAGGGCUGCCUGGUGGCCGAGGUUACUUUCCACAACCCUGUCAUUGAGCGGAUACCCCGGCUCCGACGGCAGAAAAAAAUCUUCUCCAAGCAGCAAGGGAAGGCAUUUCAGCGCGCCAGACAAAUGAACAUUGAUGUUGCCACCUGGGUGCGGCUGCUUCGAAGGCUUAUCCCUAACACCACAGCCACAGGCACCUUCAGCCCUGGGGCUUCUCCAGGACCCGAGGCCCGGUCCACAGGCGAUAUAUCAAUGGAGAAGCUGAGCCUUGGGGCUGACUCAGACAGCCUGUCCCAGAAAAGUCCUCUGCGACCACCUUCCAGCCCACUGAGCCUGAGUUUCCCGAUCCAGGAAACACUCACCACUCCCAUGCUGCCUUCAGAGACCCAGGAGACCCCAGGCCCCACCCUGUGCAGCCCUCUGGGGAAGUCACCCUUGACCCUCGAGGAUUUCAAGUUCCUGGCAGUGCUGGGCCGGGGGCACUUCGGGAAGGUGCUGCUUUCUGAAUUCCGGCCCAGUGGAGAGCUGUUUGCCAUCAAGGCUUUGAAGAAAGGGGACAUUGUGGCCCGAGACGAGGUGGAGAGCCUGAUGUGUGAGAAGCGGAUCUUGGCGGCUGUGACCAACGCGGGACACCCCUUCCUGGUAAACCUGUUUGGCUGUUUCCAGACUCCAGACCACGUAUGCUUUGUGAUGGAGUACUCGGCCGGUGGGGAUCUCAUGCUGCACAUCCACAGUGACGUGUUCUCCGAGCCCCGUGCUGUUUUCUAUUCAGCCUGUGUGGUGCUGGGGCUGCAGUUUCUGCACGAACACAAGAUUGUCUACAGGGACCUGAAGUUGGACAAUUUGCUCCUGGACACCGAGGGCUAUGUCAAGAUCGCAGACUUUGGUCUCUGCAAGGAGGGGAUGGGCUUUGGGGACCGGACCAGCACAUUCUGUGGGACCCCGGAGUUCCUGGCACCUGAGGUGCUGACGGACACGUCAUACACGCGGGCCGUGGACUGGUGGGGGCUGGGCGUGCUGCUCUAUGAGAUGCUCGUUGGUGAGUCCCCAUUCCCAGGGGACGACGAGGAGGAGGUAUUUGACAGUAUCGUUAAUGAUGAGGUUCGCUACCCCCGCUUCCUGUCAGCUGAAGCCAUCGGCAUCAUGCGCAGGCUGCUGCGGAGGAAUCCUGAACGGAGGCUGGGGUCCACUGAAAGGGAUGCAGAGGAUGUGAAAAAGCAGCCUUUCUUCAGGACCUUGAUAUGGGACGCCCUGCUGGCCCGUCGCCUGCCACCUCCCUUUGUGCCCACUCUGUCGGGCCGCACCGAUGUCAGCAACUUCGACGAGGAGUUCACGGGGGAGGCCCCCACGCUGAGCCCACCCCGCGAUGCGCGGCCCCUCACAGCCACGGAGCAGGCAGCCUUCCGGGACUUCGACUUUGUGGCUGGGGGCUGCUAGCCGUCUCCGCUGCCCCUGCCCCAACCAAGCUCUUAGUUUUUAAAAAAGCCUUUGAGGUUUGCCCCAA